AUGUGGUCAGCAACAUCCGAAAAAUACCUCUUUGGCGGUCCAAUCCCCUGGGACACCCAAUCCUUCCACGCAGUUGACGAUAGAGUUCGUGGUGGCUGCUCUCACUCAACCCUGGCACCCCGCCGUCCGAAGCACACUGGCGACAGCCACAAGGACGGCAACAUCGCGCAUUUCUCUGGAACCCUCGACACGACGACCCUCGGUGGCGCAGGCUUUGCCUCACAGCAGACACACGGGGAUCUGCACUGGGACUUGUCAGACUAUGACGGGAUCGUGCUCAAAGUCCGGCCUGGUGGUGGAGCGCGGUCUGCUAUUGGGGAGGGUGAGGUGAAGAAAUAUACGCUCCUGUUGAAAGACAGUAUUCUAGAGAAGAGACCGGAUGGCAGGGAGCGGAGUGCGGUCUCUUGGGAGGUCGAUUUUCGAACAGAGAUGCCUGCACACUCGGAGGGCGCGACGAUCCGGCACUACUUCAAGUGGAGUGAUUUCCGGGCGACGUAUCGUGGACGGGACUGCCCUGACGACGAGAGGAAACGGUUAGAUAUUGCGGUGAUAAAGAGGAUUGGCUUUAUGGUUAGGAGCUUCUUCAAAGAGCAAUCAGGCGACUUCUCCCUCUACAUCGAAUCCGUCGCCGCAUACCGAAAGGGGGAAGAAUAUCCGUAUCGUGACGAGCCGAGGUACACAAGCAUGGGAUACAAGCUAGGAGACGAGACUCCCGAGAGCGCUCUCAACGAGAAGAUGCCCACUCGCAAGAGGGUUCAGGAAAUGAGGUACAGAGAUAGCCCUGAAGACGAUACACGCACGGGCGACGACGGCUUUGUUGAGGACCUCCGUGUAACCUAUCUUGAUCCCGCUGAGAGCUGGUCGAGUUGGAGAUACUAUCUGUGUGGGUGUAUUUGA